AUGGUAUUAAAUGGGUAUGUCUUUCCUCCCCACGUAGGAAUCUUUGCUUACCUGAACUACCAUGUUCCCCGGACAAGACGGGAGAUCCUGGAGACCCUUAUCAAAGGGCUCCAGCGGCUGGAGUACAGAGGAUAUGAUUCUGCAGGUGUGGGAAUUGAUGGAGGAAAUGACAAAGACUGGGAAGCUAAUGCUUGUAAAAUCCAGCUUAUCAAACAGAAAGGGAAGGUGAAGGCUCUGGAUGAAGAGGUUCACAAGCAACAGGAUAUGGAUCUUGACAUUGAGUUUGAUGUACACCUUGGAAUUGCACAUACCCGUUGGGCUACCCAUGGCGAGCCCAGUCCUAUCAACAGCCACCCACAACGCUCGGAUAAAAACAACGAAUUCAUUGUUAUCCACAAUGGCAUUAUAACCAACUACAAAGACCUGCGAAAAUUCUUGGAAAGCAAAGGAUACGAUUUUGAGUCCGAGACCGACACAGAAAGCAUAGCAAAGCUUGUCAAAUAUAUGUACGAUAAUCGUGAAAGUGAUGACAUUAGUUUCACAACCCUGGUGGAGAGGGUUAUCCAGCAACUGGAAGGUGCUUUUGCCCUUGUGUUCAAAAGUGUUCAUUAUCCUGGUCAAGCAGUUGGCACCAGGCGAGGCAGCCCCCUGCUAAUUGGAGUGCGCAGCGAGCACAAGCUCUCCACUGACCACAUCCCAAUACUGUACAGGACCGGUAAGGACAAGAAGGGAAGUUGCAACCUGUCUCGUGUUGACAGUACCACCUGCCUUUUCCCUGUUGAGGAGAAAGCUGUGGAGUACUAUUUUGCUUCUGACGCUAGUGCUGUCAUUGAGCAUACCAACAGAGUGAUUUUCCUUGAAGAUGAUGAUGUAGCAGCUGUGGUCGAUGGCCGUCUUUCCAUCCACCGGAUUAAACGCACGGCAGGCGAUCACCCCGGACGUGCCGUCCAAACCCUGCAGAUGGAACUGCAGCAGAUUAUGAAGGGUAACUUCAGCUCAUUUAUGCAGAAGGAAAUCUUUGAACAGCCAGAAUCUGUCGUUAAUACGAUGAGAGGAAGGGUCAAUUUUGAUGACUACACUGUAAAUCUCGGUGGGUUAAAGGAUCACAUUAAGGAGAUUCAGAGGUGUCGUCGCUUAAUCCUUAUUGCUUGUGGGACAAGUUACCACGCUGGAGUUGCGACUCGUCAGGUUCUGGAAGAACUGACUGAAUUGCCCGUUAUGGUUGAACUAGCCAGUGACUUCCUGGACAGAAACACUCCUGUCUUCAGAGAUGAUGUUUGCUUUUUCAUCAGCCAGUCAGGUGAGACAGCAGAUACUUUGAUGGGUCUCCGGUACUGUAAAGAGAGAGGAGCCUUAACUGUAGGAAUAACUAAUACAGUUGGCAGCUCUAUAUCACGAGAGACAGAUUGUGGAGUCCAUAUCAAUGCCGGACCAGAGAUUGGGGUUGCCAGUACAAAGGCCUACACCAGCCAGUUUGUUUCUUUGGUGAUGUUUGCGCUGAUGAUGUGUGAUGAUAGAAUCUCUAUGCAAGAAAGGCGCAAGGAAAUCAUGCGUGGUCUAAAGGGACUGCCAGACUUGAUUAAGGAAGUGCUGAGUAUGGAUGACGAGAUCCAGAAGCUAGCAACAGAGCUAUACCAUCAGAAGUCUGUCCUCAUUAUGGGACGUGGCUACCAUUAUGCUACAUGUCUGGAGGGAGCUUUGAAAAUUAAAGAAAUUACCUACAUGCACUCCGAAGGGAUACUGGCAGGUGAGCUGAAGCAUGGUCCUCUUGCACUGGUGGACAAACUCAUGCCCGUUAUCAUGAUCAUCAUGAGAGACCACACAUAUGCAAAGUGCCAGAACGCUCUCCAGCAGGUGAUUGCGCGACAGGGGCGACCUGUAGUGAUUUGUGAUAAGGAAGACAUCGAGACAAUUAAGAACAAUAAGAGAACAAUCAAAGUUCCCCAUUCAGUGGACUGUCUGCAGGGGAUCCUGAGUGUUAUCCCCCUUCAGCUUCUGGCUUUCCAUCUUGCAGUUCUCAGAGGCUAUGAUGUUGAUUUUCCAAGAAAUCUGGCCAAGUCCGUAACUGUAGAGUGAAAGAUCAUCUGAAUCAUAGGGGCAAAGGGGAAUUAAAUGAAAGACUUUUUUUGGUACCAAAAUAACUUGAUUUUAAAGUCCCCUAGGUAAAUCUUAUUUUGCUAAAUCAUUGUUUGUGUAUAAGAUCACCGUAAUUCCAUUACAUUAGUGAUUGUCAAAUUGAUUCCACGUGCUACGUCAAUAGCUUUGGGUUUUCUGAACACUAGACUUCCAUGAAAGAUGUUAUAUGGUUUUCUUUAAAGAUUUCUGAGUCUUCUAGGUAAGGGGCCCUCCGCUUUACUUUAAGAUAAUGUCAUUGUUUCUUACCCAGUGUGGCUCAUUCCUCUCGUUGCUGAGAAACCACUGAAUGAGUUACCUGUCAUGCUCUCAGGCAGUGAAGCAGGAUACCAGAACGUACAACUGGAACAAAAGCUGUUAUUGGUCAUGCUCGUGCAGAUAUUUUAACAGUGAACAAAAUUGGAACAAGAGUUUGGGUCAAUUUCUGCCUCAUUUGCAAAAGGGAAUUCAACUGAUCUGUCACGCUUCCUAAAUCUUAGGCACUUGGUAAAUGUGCUUAAACAGAAAAAAAUAAAACGAAACAAGUCACAUCAAAAGGAUUUUAAUCUAUGCCAAAUACCUAGCAACUGACAAUCGCGUAGACUCAGUGGGCCAAAACGUGUUCUGCAAAACCAGCACGUAUCUCUAGUGGUGCCCACAAAGACAGUGGGCUUCACUCCUCCAAGUGUAAAUGAAAGCAGCAUCUCACAUGGUAUGGGUGCUUACCAAAGUGUGUGUGUGUGGGGGGGGGGAGAGGAAUAGGAACAGUGCUCAGGGUUUUUUGUUUGUUGGGUUUUUUUGGUUUGUUUUUUUAAACAAGUCCCACUCAUUCUGCGUUGCGGGAUAAAGAUUUUCUCCCCUUUGAGCACUGUGGCAUUAUAAACAAGUCCUAGGGAACUGGCUUUAUAGUGCUACAGGCCACUUCCUGGGCUGAACACAUACAAUAAAGUUUUUGCCUUGUAUCUUGCAGUUAGACAGCGCUCAGUCUUCCUCUCUGAGGCUUACUACAUUAGACCAAGUCCUUUAACAAAUGCACAAGUGGGUCUGGUUUAUUUAGAGCAGUUCAGACAGUGGCAGUGGAGCAUCUGACUUGCUGUCAGCUUCUGCUGGUUUAAAGUCAGAAGAGGUUUUUAAAAAAUAAAAAAAGGUUCAGUAGCCAAGAUAAUAGCUUUAAUACCAAGUUUGCAGAUGAUCAGGCAUUACACAGAAAGCACGCCUUCAAGACCUAACACUUUUUCAGUCAUUAAAAGGCAGUUACCUGUGUGUUUCCUAAUACAAACGCGCAUAUUUCCUACCAGCUUGUUGGGUUUUGAAUUAGUUUUACACAGGCAGUAGAAAGAACAUCAUAGUGCAAGGUGUAAAGCAAUGCUUGGCAAACAGUAGAGGAUGCCUCAAGGUCAAUUACUGCCCCCGAAGAAUUGCUUUAACAACUACAGUGUUUGGGGACUGUUCUCUACCAUUGGAAACCUAGUUCUCCUUGUGCAGAAUGCUAGAUUAUUCCUAAGGUACGGUAAUCCAGGCCAACUCAUACAACAGAGGAUGAUUGCUCAAAGUGAGGUGGUUCCACAGACUGACUGUGGCAAGUCUAUUUUGUAUAAAUUGAAGUAACCUAUAUAACUUCAAUUCAAGAUCAGCUCCUGGCUUAGUUUUAUUAUGUUAAUAAGUUGUUGUGUGCCUGGAAGCAGCUUCUCAAGCCAAUAUGUAUAUGUUUAAUGAUAACAUUGUAUUCAGUUUAUGAAUGCACUGUGCUGCCAGCGUCUGCUUAAGAACUAAGCAGUAAACAUAGCGUUUUAUUUGUACCACGUUUGCUUAUGAGAGGCUAAGUCAUUACGUGCCUCAGCCUAAACGCAAGUAGCCUCCUCCACAUCAUUUGAAGAGGAUACUUGUCUUUCAGGAAAAACAAUGCCUGUUCAGUGCUAAAAAUGUGAAGAGAGGUCCUCUUCCUUCUCCCACUCAGCUUGCUUAAGGAGGGAAACCGUGAAGGUCUAACAUGGAGCGAGGGGUUAGAACCAAGGAAGGGUCCCUGUCCCCCAUCCCCCCCCAACACAAUAUAAGGACUUGCAGUAUCAUAGCCUGCGGUGUUGCUAGCACGGAUUCUAACGUGAAUGAGUCCUGCAAGAGAAUUAUUUUGAGCCUUUCUCCUACAGCAGUCAGAAGAAAAGUGGCAAGCACUGCUCUUUACCUAGCCUUGUACAGAUGAUUGUCUGCUAGCUUACUAAGCCCCCUAGCAAACAUGAUGGUAGACAGCACUGUUAAAAUACAAGUUGGUAUACAGUAAAAGUUUGAUAACGCAGGCUGUUAAAUAUUUACAAAAAUAAGUUGUAUACAAAGAGGACCAAAGAAGACGCUACUAAGUUAGAAAUGUAAAUCUGACACACUCAUGUUGGAUGUAACUGUACAGAUAUUGCUGAGUUAUUUGGUUUGAUGCUAUGAUAGACAAACCCUAAUGCUUUGUAAUUUAAGGCAUUAAAACUCAUGACAGAUUCUUCAUUUGUCAGAAGUAGAGGUAUUCACCCCCUGCAUUCUGCAAGUUGCCAGCAAACUGCCUGGAGCGUACAAAACUCGGCUUGCCAAAAACAGUGGUUUAGUCGCUACUUGCAACUAGACCAUCGGACGUUGUAAUGCUUAAUAUCAAAGAAUGCGGUGGAGCACGCUUGCUAUGAAGAAUUUUUCUGAUGAGCAUGGUAGGGAAUCCUCAAAGCAUCUCACUGUUGUUAAUUGCCAUGCCUGUGUGAAGUGAGACUGUAUAAAGGCCUCUCUUAGCUUUCCUUACCUCAUUUUGUCUAGAUGUGUUGCAUUUUGAUGAACAGAUGAUGUUUCUCUUUUCCCUAGACAACUUUUAGAACGUCUUGUGAUAUUUAUUAACAGCCAGUCAGUCUUCUGCUCUCCAGAAUGAAUGUUUUGCUUACUGAGCCAGUAAAAUUCCCUCCUUCCUAACUGAGGUGUUUAAAAAUGCAGUAGCCCUCUCACUAAAAUUGAGCCACAGGUAAAUACAGAUACGGGCCUUUGUCAUUUGCAAGAGCAGCUGCCUAUUACUGCAUACAUUUGUCAAUUUUUUUUGGUUCAAGAGACUGUUUUCCUCAUCUAUAUCUAUAGUAAAGUGAUGCAUAAGCCAAUAAGUCUUUAGGUGUGUGUUUUUUGUUUUUUUUUUUUAAUUAAUUACUGAAAUCCAGGGCCUUUCAGGCUCAGCUCAUGUUGUUUCUGCCUAAUAGGUCUCAGUCAAAUUCCAUGCCUGUUAGUAAGGUUAUUCCACAAACAGUAGGACAUUAAACCGUGCAUGGUAUAUAAUAUGGUCAGAAAGUUAUUUAUUUAUUUUUUUUUUCCUUUCCUCACAGCUACACUAAAGAAAGGCCCUGAAUUUAUGAGGUGAAUAAAUACUGGCUGUAAACAUAUUCUUACAGACAGCCCCAGACAGUAUUUGGGUAAUUGUCUUGGUAAAAUGCAACAGUGACAUGGCAAAUGCAGUCUCGCUUUAGUGUGGUUUUAUUUACUUGAGGAUAAUUAAGUACCACUGACAUGGAGAUAUAUCCUUCUAGCCAAAAAGCUGCCUCGGAAUCCUUUUUUUAAAGUCUCAUCCCCUUUGUAUUUAAAGGGCUAACACAGCUCUUUAAAUACAAAGGGGAUGAGACUUUUUUGUGUUAGCAAAAGCUUCAGAUAGACCAUUUCAGAGUCAAGUUGUAGGGAUCUCAUGGAUAUGGCACAACAUGUGAUCUUGCUGAAUUAAGAGCCUUAAGAUUGGCCUAGACAAAUUAGGUUUGGUUAAGCUGCAGGUUGUCACACCUGAAGGCAUAAGGAAGCUCAAUAUAUUAAUGCAAAAUUAGGCUUUUUCCCCUCUCUAGCUUUUAGUGGUAGUCCUUCGCACCACAAGUAGAUGCCCGUCAGCAGCACAGAAGAUGGCUGGGGCAGGGGGGGGAUUUAAAUCAGGCCCUUCAAGUGGUUUGUCAGUGUUUAACUGUGGCUAAUUUUAGCUCCUACCUGACCGUACUGAACUUGCCUCAAAGCAUGGAGUCCCUCCCCUCUAUGAGAAACGAGAGGAAGAAGAAACAAAAAACUACUUGGUUCAAAUAAAAGGAAAGAAAACUAUUUGCCUUCAAUUCAGUUUGUGUAAACAGACAUUUGAAAUGGCAGUUCUUACCAUUUCUUCUCUUCUAGACCUUUUUGCCUCUGCUUGUACAUACCCAGCUGGCUUGGUUUGUGGGGACCAGUCUGUAUCUUGUUUCCUGUUAUGUGCUGUAUGCAGAAGAUGUCUUACUUUUGUCUGUAGUGUUUUAUAAUUUGGGUUCGUCUUUUUCGCUUACUUUUUUGUAUCUCACCCUUUGAAUAAAAUCAAGUGCCCUCCAUUAAA